CUUCGUUGAGUAUAUAAAUGAGGUGACAUUUUAAUAUUGAACAGUACUCUCCGUGCUAAGCUAAGAUGAAAUCAUUAGUGGUAUUCUGUAUCGUGUUGGUGGUAGGGGUUUGUGCUAAUGAAAAGGGUAACAAACUCGCGAGCGAAUGCAUCAAGGAAACGGGCGUCAAAAACGAACUUCUAGAAGAAGCUAAGAAAGGGAUCAUUAGCGAAGACCCCGCAUUCAAAGCUUUCACGUACUGCUUCUUCAAGAAGAUUGGUAUUGUUGGAGAAGAUGGUAUUUUAAAUAGAGAUGUAGCUAUUGCGAAACUGCCAUCUGGCGUGGACAAAUCUGAGGCAGAGAAAUUACUUGACUCCUGCAAAUCAAAGACUGGUAAAGACGCUGUGGACACUGUUUUCGAAAUCUUCAAAUGCUAUCAGCAGGGUACUAAAUCACACAUAAUGUUCGCUUCAUAAGCUGACGGGGGUCUUAACCUUUAAUAGUUUAGUUGUUUUUCUCUGAAUCACCCCUGUUAGCAAAUUUUUUAUACUCUAAAUGACCCCAUAUUGUUAAGUUUCUGUUUUGCCUCUGUAUUUUUCUUUUAAGUUAAUGUUUUGCUAUUCAUUUGAGUUUUCUGCAUAAAUAUUUUUUGAAUUGACAUAGUUUGUUGAUUACAAAUCAGAAAUGUAAUUGAAAUAGAAUAAAAACUUUAUACUAUUAUUAAAUACUUGACACAAA